UUGCACCAUCGCAGAGGCGUGUCUGUGACGUCAGCACCACGAGGCGCUCUCCUGUAAAAUGAUAAUCUCACUCGCAGACGGUCACCAGGCUUCAUUCAUCACUUGGACUUGAAGAUCGCCAAAUAGCUUCAUUUAUCGCAGAUGUUGCAACUUUUCACCAUGAAAUCAAUUCUUGUCAACCUGAGCCGCAGAGUAGGCUGUGCUGCCCCUCUUCUCCAUCGCAGUGUCCCCUCUGGCGCACGUGCGUCUUCCUCCGUGGUGUCCAAAACAAAGCUCGAACGUCCCCUCACUUCAGAGGAAGUCUACGCCCGUGAAGAAAAGUAUGGCGCACACAACUACCAUCCCCUCCCUGUGGCUUUGGAGAGGGGGAAGGGCAUCCAUGUGUGGGAUGUGGAGGGUAAUCGAUAUUAUGACUUCCUGAGUGCUUACAGCGCAGUGAACCAGGGGCACUGCCAUCCAAAGCUCAUUGAAGCGCUCACCAUCCAGGCCUCCAGGCUCACCCUGACCUCCAGAGCAUUCUUCAACGACGUACUGGGUGCAUACGAGGAGUACAUCACGACCUUGUUUGGCUAUGACAAAGUUUUGCCGAUGAACACUGGUGUCGAAGCUGGUGAGACCGCCUGCAAAGUUGCUCGUAAAUGGGCUUACACUGUAAAAGGUGUUCCCAAAAACAAGGCCAAAAUCAUUUUUGCAGAUGGAAACUUCUGGGGCCGCACCCUGGCUGCCGUCUCAAGCUCCAGUGACCCCAGUUGUUACGAAGGUUUUGGUCCCUACAUGCCAGGUUUUGAGCUUAUCCCAUACAAUGACAUUCCUGCACUGGAGAAAGCCCUUCAAGACCCAAAUGUCGCAGCUUUCAUGGUGGAGCCUAUCCAGGGGGAGGCAGGCGUGGUGGUGCCUGACCACGGCUACCUGAAAAAAGUCAGAGAGCUUUGUACAAAACACAAUGUGUUGUGGAUCGAUGAUGAGGUGCAGACGGGCCUGGCGCGUACCGGCCGGCGACUGGCUGUGGACCACGAGGAAGUACGUCCAGAUGUGGUGAUGCUGGGCAAGGCUCUUUCUGGAGGCUUCUACCCUGUUUCAGCUGUUCUGUGUGAUGAUGAAAUAAUGUUAACCAUCAAGCCUGGCGAACACGGGUCCACGUAUGGAGGCAACCCCAUGGCCUGCCGGGUGGCCAUCGCUGCACUUCAGGUGUUGGAGGAGGAGAAGCUGGCAGAGAAUGCUGAUAAGAUGGGGCAGUUGUUGCGAACUGAGCUGAGAAAGCUGCCAAAAGACAUUGUGACCACAGUGAGAGGAAAAGGCCUCCUCAAUGCAGUCGUCAUUAAAGAGACCAAAGACUAUGAUGCUUGGAAGGUGUGCUUGCGUCUUCGUGAUAAUGGACUGCUGGCUAAGCCCACCCAUGGUGACAUCAUCCGCCUGGCCCCUCCCCUCAUCAUCAGGGAGGAAGAUCUACAGGAAUGCAUUGACAUUAUCCAGAGAACCAUCAUGUCCUUCUAAACGAUGUACAGCAGGGCUUCAGUUUGGUAAUCCACUUUGGGUAAUGGUGUCCUGUUUUUGUUUAAAAACAAACAAAAAGACUAAAAUAAUUUUUAAAGAUAUGCUGAUCCUAAAAAGUAUGUAUGAUAGAAGUUGUCCCAACAACCUAUCUUAACCCAGACGAUAUUGAUGCUGCAGUGACAUAUCAUCCAUAUUCUAUACCCGCUUCUGUAAUUCAAUUAAGGGUGGAGCCUAUCCCAACAUUAUAGUGACAUAAAACAAAAUAAAUUUUCACAUGGCAGAAGAUGGUUGCAAUUUAUAACAGCUAGUAUUUUUCCUCGAUAAAUAACUUCCACAGUCAUUAAACUAUAGCUGAAGGACUGUCUGUUGGGGGGAAAAAAAAAUCAUCUGCAGCAGCCUUUCUCAAAGUGGUCUGUGACUGACCCCUAGUGGUCAGUGAGUAUAUUGGUAAAAUAUCACAUUUUAAAUUCAUAUCAUAUUCUAACUUGAGUGUUUGUCAGAUGGCUUGAAAGCUUCUCCAAAGUCAAAUAGGUGAUCUGAGAUUAUUUUUUUCCUUGUUCUGAAAUAGUUUGAGAAACCAAUCAGUGAGUCACUUUUUGGUGCAUGCGUUCUCUGAAAGGUAUUACUGUACAGAUGCAGGGUAAAUAAUGUAUAUAAAAUGGAUUUCUAACAGGCUGCAGUGUGACAUCACUUUUAAAGAGAUUAUAGUUUGUUAGAAGGCCUGAAAGUGUUGGCUGAUUUGUUCAUGUUCUGAACUUAUUUUUACAUUUACUAUAAUCAUUGAGUGACUGAGACUUGCUCGUUAAUCAUUUCGGGGGAAAUGCAGUGUAAGUAAUGUUACGCCUAAGUAAUGUUUCAUCUUCAACGGUUACCUGUAAUCACUGAAUCGUAAGACUAAGGUUCAAGCUGUAUUUCAGGUUUCCAAAAGAAAUGGAAGUUUUGAUUCAAUUUGUGACCUUGUCUCAAUGUAAAGUAAUGCACUAGUGUCGUUUAGAUUAUGACGUACUGCUUUACUCUAGCUGGUUUACUGAGCUUCUGCUCCUUGCUUGGGGAAUGUAUUCUUGUUACACGUAAAAUGCCUAGAAUGGAUAGGUUUAGGAGUUCUAUGCACAAGAAAAAUGUAUAGUUGGAUUCCCAGGGCUUCAUUUAUAACCAUUGCUGAUGCACUUGUAGGAGUUGUGAUUUAUAGGAGCAGGAAGAUGUGUGAACUUCUGUGGAAACUGACCUGUGUAUAUUUUGGGAAUUGAAACUGAAGUGAAGUGAGGGAUACAGUAAGACUACUUCCAGUUUGUCACUGAAUACCAAAUGACAAGUGUCAUAAGGCCACCAGUACUCCACAGCCUGCCUUACACAAUGCUGCAACAUUUAGCUACUGCACUACCAAACAUGAUUACUGCAAAAUGCUGGUAUGAAGUGCUUUUUAUUGAUCCCUUGUGGUUUGUUGUGAGAGUAUAUUUAAAGAUUCCAGGUGAGGAUGUCUAGACGUUGAUCCAGAAGUGGCUGGAUGCCUUAUUUUGGUCUUCUAUAUAUUUCUCCCCUGGCUUCAGUGUUCCUGGAGCUUCAGUAUCAGUGGUUUAGGAAGUGAGAACCCCCAGUUGCUAACCAAACAAUGGUGCCGUUGUCGUCAGUAGAUGUCAGAGGAUGGUGAUGUUGUUGUGUGGCAACAGUCAUCUUGAUUCUUUUGAGAAACUCCAAGCCAAAUUCACACAUCCACCAAAGGGUGGGUGUGUGUGUGUGUGUGUGAGAGAAUGUAUUAAUUCAUGAUGCAGUUGAACAGGGACGUUAUCUAUCGCCAAACCACAGUUUUUGGUUAUCAGUGGAACCUAUAGCUCCCAAACCACUUCACCUUCGAAUUCCCCAAAUCUCGCAAAGACCAAUAUAAGCUCACUUACUUUCAAUUUAUGUCAGAAGUGUUGGGAAAGUCUGAAGUCUUAAAGGUGUAAAUAGUUGCAGGUGUGCAUGUUCACAGCUUUAUGAAUCUUAAUGUGUUGGUGUUUGCAUUUAUACCUCUUGCGCAGUUUUGUCAAUGAGACCUCAGGGUGAUUUAAAAAAAGUUAAAUAAUUGCAGCUGGAACAAUCCAAAUCAUUUUAAAAUUCAAAUAGAAAUAACUGACAUUAUACGCAGCUGCCCACUGUUAUUUUGCAUGUAAUGUUACUGUGGAACAAACUUUUUUUUUGCUAGUUCUAAGCUUGACAUGGUCUUGAAAGUCUCGCUUCGCUGUUAUGGCUGACAUACCGUGGAGCUCUUUUCCUCAGCAGCUCAGAGCUAAAGCAUCAUUACAGGAUCAGAGGGAGAUGAGAACAUGUUUAAGUAGAUCGCAGCCACUUUUAACUGUCCAAUACCUCAAGUGUUGGAGGCUGCAUGUACACGUGGGUCAAGACUUGAGUUGGAAAAGCUUCUUUUCUUUUCCUCUUUUGUAUGUUGGAUUGAUAAAUAUUCUUGCAGGGCAAUGCUGUUUCAGGAGGUAGCUUUUGGAAAACUUGCUGCUAGCUGAGAGGUCUGUUAAUAUUUAGUGUCUUUUUUUUUUUUUUUUUUAAUUUACAGCAGUUCAUGUUAUGCUAUGGAAGUGAUGCAUGAUGAUCUGACUAGAUCACAUGAUCCACUGUUACCUUUGUAAUUUUCAUGGAUUUCAAUAAAAUACUGCACAUA